AUGGGGUUGAGAAAAAUCUCCUUGCUUGCAGUUGUAUGGUUUGCCCUUCUUGUGGGUUCCAAUGCUGAAGAACAAGAGUUGGAGCAAGAGAGGCGGCCUAUUAAGACCUUUAAGACAAACUAUGGAGAGAUCAUUGAUUGUAUCGACAUAUAUAAACAACCAGCGUUCGACCACCCUUUACUGAAAGAUCAUAAGCUUCGGGAUUUGACCACACAGGAUUGGUGGUUGAUAGUUGAAAAGGAUAACGUUGACACAAAUGUGGGCUAUUGGCCGGCUAAGUUACUCCCUCAGUUGAUGUCCGGUGCUCAAACAGUGCAGUACGGUGGAGCGACGCACACUUCCCAAGGCAUGGCCUUCCCGGCAAUGGGAAGCGGAUACUUUCCGGACAACUCAUACUCGCACGCAUGCUAUAUCAGACAGAUUCAGUACCUGCUUCAAUACCUGAAUGAGUCGCAAGGUUGGAGCACGCCUGAGUAUUGGCGAGCAUCUGCUCACACGAGCUCGAAACAUUGCUAUGGCGCCACCCUCGACGAUGCCAAUGAUUUCAUGGGCUAUACCUUGUUGUUUGGGGGACCCGGUGGAGCAAAUUGUGGAGUUUAG